CCAGACUGCCUGAUGACUGAUCCAGAAGUAUAGUGCAGGUUUUCCAUAACUGUGGAAUAUCUGUAACCCUGUCAUCAUGAAUGUGACACCUGGAGGCUGUACAGCAGAGAUGCCGUAUGGAUUCCAACCCAGUUUUAAAGGGUUUUAUAUUGCCAGCGAGCUCAUUAUCGCUGUGUUUGCCAUCAUGGGCAACAUCCUGGUCUGCCUGGCUGUUACCAGAAACAAGGAGCUGCGCACUAUCACCAAUUACUUCCUGGUAUCAUUGGCGGUGUCUGACAUCCUCGUGGGCUUGGUGGCCAUUCCCUGCGCCGUGCUGACAGACCUGGGUCGACCUCGCCAUGACUUGCCCCUCUGUCUGGUGCUGCUCAGCAUCCUGAUGGUGCUCACACAGAGCUCCAUCCUGAGCCUGCUGGCGGUCGCAGCGGAGCGCUACGUGGCGAUCCUCCUGCCCUUCCAGUACCAGCGUAUCAUGAGCCCCAGGAAUGCCUGGCUGGCCCUGCUGGUCACCUGGGGCCUGGGAGUCAUCUCUGGAUCUGUGCCACUCAUGGACUGGAAGAGACAACCAGCAGACUCAAACUACUGCAUCUUCACCUGUGUGGUGGACAUGAGCUACAUGGUAUACUUCAACUUCUUCUGCUGCCUGCUGGUGCCGCUGGUGGCCAUGUUCGUCAUCUAUGGCCACAUCUUCCUCACCGUUCGCCGCCAGCUCAGACGCAUUGCUGUGGAAAUGAAGAGUAGAUGUGAGGCUGAAGGGAGGGCCAAAUCCAACGCCCGCACCCGCCACGAGCUGCAGAAGGCCAUCUCCUUGUUCAUGGUCCUGUUCCUCUUCAUGGUGUGCUGGAUGCCCAUCCACAUCAUCAACUGUGUCCUGCUGCUCUGUCCACAGUGUGAGGUGCCCAUGACGCUCACACUUGCAGCCAUCUUGCUUUCGCACGCCAACUCAGCCCUCAAUCCAAUUCUAUACGCAUACAAGAUGAGGUCGUUCAGACACACUCUGAUAAGCAUGUGGAGAGGAAUGUGGAGCUUUCGGGCAAAAUGUUAG